AUGGCUUCUAAUUCAAACUGUGGUGCUCUUACAACACGCAGCAUGACUAACAUAUGGCUGAUUGGACAGUUACAAAGUGAACUUCCAGUAAAUGUAUUGCCUACAACAGAGUAUUGUUCAAUUCUGAGCAGAAUUGAACAAUACUCUGAAAUCAACAAGAAUGUAGCAAGUGCUGCCACAAAAAAGUUGAAGAAUCAUCUGUGGUAUCUCGGUACAGAAAUGGUUUGGCUGUCAUUGUUCUCAAAUAAAGUUGCAAAUGCUGAGAAGCAGUUGAUUGUGGAAGCAAGGACUGCAGUAGAUUCUGACUGGAGUGUGCGAGGUGUCAAAUAUCCUGCAACUGAACUGGAACAGGUGAAAAGCAAACCACUGCAUGAUCUGGUAUCAGGUACAUCUCGUACUGCAUUGUUAUCACUUGGAAUGGAUGUUGCUAUCUUGCGUGAAACUGAACCAGACUCAUGGAAUGAUCUUCCUUUAUUUCAAAAAGUGGCAAAUGUUGUGAAGUCACUUAAGGUCGUUAAUGACACUGCAGAACGCACUGUGGCACUCAUGACAAAUUUUAACCAGUUUAUAACCAAAAAUGAAACAGAACUGCAAAAACUGAUACAGGUUCAGAAUCCUGCUGAUCAAGAUGUGAUAGAAAUAGAAUGGAGGAUUUUGGCCAAAUUCACCGACAGAAUAUUUUUUUGGAUAUUUUUAGCCCUCAGUACGUUAACGCAAUUGACUUUAUUCAAACAAAUGGUACCAGAAUAA